AUGGCAGUUGCUGUAUCGCAUCCGCUAGAUCUCAUCAAGGUGCGAAUGCAGAUGGAUGGCGGACCUGGACAAGGAACGCUCAAGACGGCUAAGACGGUUAUUCGGGCUGAAGGUCUAUCAGGGCUAUAUAGUGGACUGUCAGCAGGGCUUAUGAGGCAGUUAACGUACGGAUCUGUUCGCAUCGGCCUCUACGAAUCAAUCAAAGAUAUAUGCAAGGAGAAAGACGUCACUCUAAACGCACCUGCUCUAGCCCUAGUAGCCGGAUGCAGUGGCUUCAUAGGGGCUCUAUUCGGUACUCCGUGCGAUAUCGCGAAUAUACGCAUGCAAAAUGACCGAUCGCUUCCGCCUGGCUCCCGACGCAAUUAUGCCCAUGUCUUUGACGCCUGGGUUCAAAUGAAACGCCACGAGGGCUGGAGAUCGUUUACUCAGGGGCUGUGGCCCAACUGCUUUCGCUGUGCGGCCAUGACGAGCUGUCAGUUAGCAUCCUACGAUGUCUUCAAAGGCUUGUUGAUGCGCGUUACGGGCACAAAGGGAGAGCAUCCUGCCGUUCAUGUAUCUGCCUCUCUACUGGCAAGUCUUGUUGCGACUACGCUCUGCAGUCCGAUAGAUGUGAUCAAGACGCACUUGAUGGGAAGCUCUGGACAAGGGUCUAGUCUCAAUACUAUUAGGGAAUUGACUAGCACCGAAGGAGUCAAGUGGAUAUUCCGUGGAUGGACGCCUAGCUUUGUCAGGCUGGGUCCCCAGACUAUGGCUACGUUGGUUUUGCUAGAGGAACAUAAGAGGCUGUAUAGAGUGGUGAAAGGGGUUGACGGCGGGUCCUUGUAA